AUGUCUUUCGCUUCACAGUCGUCGUCGCCGUCGAAACGGCCGAGGCUCAGCCUUCAGAUUAAGACGCCAGCCACCGCGGUGACGUUCGGAAAGUCUUCAACGGCAUUGAAGGUUGAUGUCGACCCGUCAUCCCCUACCGCUUUCAAUACACUCUCGAAUGCAUAUGCUGUUGCUAUCGAGAAUGCCUCCCCACGAACCGCACGGCCCAUAUCAGCCGACAUCAAAUGCCCGAAACCUACUGCCUUACGGUUAGAGACAAAGAACUUUAGCGGUAGCAAUGAAUACAUCCACCCUUCUCAACGGACUCAAACACCGGGACCGUUCACCAUCACCUACCCAGAUACGCCAAGUUCAGCCCACCCGGGCUGUACCCCAACGAGCGGGCCAACCAGUGGGCCUACAGAGCCCAAGGCUACCGCAACAUCCUUCACAUUCACACCACCUCAAUCAGCUGGAUCUAUCGAUCAAUCGCUAUCUAGAAUAUUUACAUUCGAUACAGAACCGAAUAAGCAAUCUUUAAGCACCCCACGAACGCCACGGCGCCGAGCGACGAUAGGGAGCCAGUAUCAGGUUGCGCCAUACACACAUCCCCGAAGUCUUCACAGCAUCCUGAGGAACUCGCCACUCCCUCCGCGAAGCACUGUAACGCCUGCUACACCGAGUCGCGUUUCUUUGCGAUUAGCAAAUCGGGCGAAGAAAGUGGGUUACAACGACCCACUCACUCAAACAAUUACAACAAAUAAAUAUAUUAAAUCACAUAUCGACCUCUUAGCGGAGGACUCCCCGUAUUCCGCCACGGAUCCAGAGAUGGAAAAGCCGGAAAUGUUAGAUUUAGCGCUGAUACAAACAGCUGAGACGAGAGAUGGUGGGCAAACCCCGGGUCCAUUUGAGGAGAUGCGGAGGAGAAUGGCAGACAGCGAUUUAGAAACACCCGGGACGAGGAAAAGGAAGCGGAAAGAGAAGAAGAGAAAGUGGGAAUGGACGAUUAGUAGUCCAGAAGCAGAGGGCGAGCAGACCAAAACCGAGGCGAAUAAAACGCCGGUGACUGCAUUUAUGGUAGAAAAGACACCUAGCACGGCUGUCAUUCGCGCCGCAUCCGAGUCUACUGAUUCCGAGAUGUCGGAGCCAGAAGAGCGAUUUGUUCCAUCCGUGGGCCCUUCGACAGACUCGGAAAUGUCUGAUUCGGACCAGCGGCCAGGAACAUCGCAAUCACUUUAG